AAACCAAGAAGUUCGUCUGUUCUAUUUUGUACUUCCCUGUUAAAAUCCCCCUCCCAGACUUGUGCAGAAUAGACAUGAACAAGAGACCCAAACUGCAGAAAGUGCUGUCCUUUCUCGAAAGUUUUGAUAGCGGUGAUGGUAAAGUAAAUAUGGAAGAUUUAGAUAAAGAGCAGCUUUCUAUGCUCAAAACCACAUUCGAUGCGUUUGAUGUCGAUAAGAAAGGAUAUAUCGGAACGGACAUGAUUGGAACCAUUAUGGAUAUGUUGGGUACGCAGUUAGCUGGAAGGGAAUUGGAGGCUGUCAUCAGCGAAAUUGACGAAGAUGGUAAUGGUGAGGUCAGUUUUGAAGAGUUUGCAAAUUUGGCUGCGAGAUUUUUAGUCGAAGAUGACGAAGACACGGAUGCCAUACACGUGGAACUAAAAGGUGCUUUUAGGCUCUACGACAGAGAAGGCAAUGGAUUUAUAACAAUCGAAGUGUUGAGAGAAAUAUUACGGGAAUUGGAUGAAAAAUUAACGGAAGACGAUCUGGACAACAUGAUUGAUGAAAUAGAUACGGACGGCUCUGGCACCGUCGACUGGGAGGAAUUUAAAGCAGUAAUGAUUGGUUAAAAUAUUUUAAAGAGCCGAGAUAUACCGAAGCAGUAGGACUGUAUCCAUUCUAUUCAUAACAUUAUCCCAUUAUAUUCGUUACUUAUCCCGAAAUAUUGUAGUUUAGACUUUUCCAUUGUUUUUUACAGUGACUUGUGACAAAUAGUUAAAUAAAUAUGCGAGAUUAAUUAA